CGGAAGGACGAUGAGGUCAUCAGAGCAUGACUGGGUGUUGGACGGUGGAUGUGUGACACAGUAGCUGACAGUCGUGCGGCAGUCAUGGAUACCCUCGCUCACACAGGGAGGUGCUGGAUCCUUCUGAUUGUCUGCGUCCUACACUCUGUGGCAGGUGCCGACCAGUGUCACUGCACAUCACCAGGAGCAUGUGACAAGUACCCGGAAGGAACUUGUUCAGCCUGCGAGAAGUUUUGGUCCGGACCCAACUGCCAGAUAUUUAAUGCUGCUGAAGGGGCGACUCGGAGCACACGGAGACAGCCGAGCGGAUCUGACUCGGGCAUCCCCGUCGCCGGGACCUACUCCAACUCCAGGUGCACAUAUAUCUCGGACGCGUCCGGGACGGCAGCAGUGUGGACGGUGGUACUCAACAACACCUUCGACAUCAGCAAACUGACAAUAUACCACCACAGAGACCAUGCUGCCAGUCUCCGCAACUUAAAGGUGUAUAUCGAUUUGCUUCCAUGCAAGAGCGUAUCGACUCCGAAUGACCCACCGACUCCCUUCACGAUUCGCUGUGACAAGCCUGUCAAGGGAGAUACUGUGUCUAUUGUACUGCCAUUGUCUCAGACAGAAAUCAACACCCUUGCUCUGUGUCGAGUGGUAAUUGAAGUAUGUGGGGACUACUGGUUUGGGGAACAAUGCAGCAGCCGCUGCAACUGCAUCAACACGAACGAGGUCUGCGACAAGACGGACGGCAGCUGCAUCAGCGGACAGAGGUCGACGACGACGACGUUAAGGCCGUCGUCGGACACUUCGACAACAUCAACAGCAUCAACAACAAAAUCAACGAAAACAACAACAACAACAACAGCAAAAGGUGGCCCAACAUCUGCUGAUGGCGGCGGGACGACAAAGACGAUGGCAGCCAUCACGGUACCUGGUGGCGGAUCUCAAGAUAGGAGCCAGGAACCUGCUGUCUCCCUCGGUGCCAUAGCUGGAGUUGUGUGCGGUGUCCUCUUGGGUUUCGCUGUCGUCGUGGUUGCCGUCGUCCUGUUGGUACUCAAACUUCGAAAACGAAAGCCUGUCACUGUGUUUUCAAAGGAGAAGUCUGUGAACGCACCUCCAAUGACAAUAUCGAUGCCACCGCCGUCUGAAUUUCGAAAACGAAAGCCUGUCACUGCGCCUGCAAAGGAGAAGUCUGGGAACGCACCUCAAAUGACGAAGCCACCGCCGUCAGCCAUGCCAUCUGAUUCGAGCCCAUACGCGACUACUGCAUCGAUCACGAAUUCAUCUGAACAUGUCUACUUGGGUGUGUCGAACACAGAUGACACAGCUGGCCCAGUGUACCACAGUGUCGAACCAGAGUAUGCCGAAAUCAUUGACUCCGAUUACUUACAACCCGUCCACAGCCCAAACAGUAACGUGUAACCAGCCACACAUCACACAGUUGCAUGUAACCAGCCACACAUCAAACAGUCACACGUAACCAGCCAAAUGUACAGUUACAUGUAACCAGCGACACAUCAGACAGUUACAUGUAACCAGCCACACAUCAGACAGUUACAUGUAACCAGCCACACAUCAGACAGUUACUAGUAACCAGCCAAAUGUACAGUUACAUGUAACCAGUCACACAUCAGACAGUUACAUGUAACCAGCCACACAUCAGACAGUUACAUGUAACCAG